UGUUACCAAUCAUGUGAUGGUAGCAUCAACUGUUUGAGUCUCACCUCUGAUCAUCACAGUAGAGCUCGUGACGCUGACAUGAUUUGGUUUCAGCCGGAAUUUUUCAAGACAUUUUGCAGAACUGAUCACAGCAAAAAUUUCAUGACAUAGUGACAUAAAGCGUUGGUCGCAAAAAUGUCACGAAGCAUGCAUUGGUCACACCAAUCGUUUUGAGUAUCACAAUUGAUUACGGGACGCUGACAUGGGUUUUGUAUCAGCCGGAUUUUUUUAAUGAAAUUGACAUUGACAUUUUUCAGCACUGCUCUCCUCCUGAGGCCGACUGAGACAGCAAAGUGGUUAUAAGGUUGCCGGAUAAUGCAAGGCAAGGCAAACUUACAGAUUUUUCUGGGUACAAACAUCAUUUUCGUUUGCCAUUGAUAUUUAAUUAUCUGAGUUAAGAAUGAAUAUCACGCAAACAAUGAGACCCCAAAAGUUGGCUGAUUUAUACCAAGGGGUAUGAGGAAGCUUUAGGAAGUAAGGAGAACACACGUGCUGUCUCGCUUACACUACAGCAUCGAACCAUCGCUCUGUGUGUUCCCUCUUCUAUGCGAACAAAACCUUCAGUCCCCUUGGUCAGAAUUAGCCAAAUUUUGGGAUCGUAUUGUUUACGUAGAAUACAUAUGUGUAAAGUAUUAUUAUUUAUAGCCAGAAAGCAUCUCAAAGCAAUAGUUCCUGGAAUCGUGCGUGCAGCUAGACAAUGUUUCCGGAAUUUAGAUUAUAAAAGCGUUCCUGAUUGAUGCAUCGAAUCAUUAGCCUUUCAACAGUCAUAUGGCUCUUGUUCUUGUCCCAGCAUCAGACGCCGAAUUAGCAAAGCUUCAAAAUGAUAUCAUACAUUACGUUUUUAAUAUCCUUGGCAACUUUCGCUAAUCGACAGUGUAAUGUUGAUAUCAAAUCACAACUGAACCAAAUGGAACCACUAUUCCUGCGCAAGAAUGAGUUGUGGACUCCGAACGGACGAUGGUUGCAGUGGAAGACCGGUGAAGCUACAAUGAUUGCCUGUCCUGGUAAUCGAAUCCGAAACACUGGAAAAGAAAAAGCCUACAUUCGGUGCGUGUCUGGAAGGACGUUUACCUUAGGAGCAUCACAUGUAAAUAUUGCCAACAUUGCUUGUGUUUCCAAAACUACCGGAAAGCAUCGAAAUUCGGGCACUAGUUGCGGUAGUGGUGGAACGUUGCUGAGCUUGGGAUUUAAUGUUCCGGGCCUUGCUUUCAUAACGUAUCUUGAAACGUGCUACAACAUGCAAACGGCUUCGGUGCUUUUCACGCGUCAUACGAUACGAGGAUCAGCUAUCAAUUAUGCCAUUACUAAAACAAACCGGUCAACAUAUAAACCGGAUGGUGCCCCUGCAAAUGUUCCAUUUGCCGCGGCUUACACCCAAAAACAGCAACUUGGACGUGUUACCGAUCUUCUGGGAUCCGCUGCUCAGGCAAAACGAUUCAUCUCGUCUGGUUCUUUUCUUGAGCGGGGGCACAUGGUACCGUUUGCGGAUGGUAUAUUUCGUCCAUGGCGAUGGGUCACCGAUUUCUACGUCAACGUCGCUCCCCAGUGGGUGGCAACGAAUCGGGGAAACUGGAAGGCCGUUGAAGCUGCAGCUCGCCAAGUCGCGGGUCGCUUAGAGGAGGAUGUACUGGUUUUUACGGGAGUUUACGACAUUCUUACCCUUCCCCACGUAAAUGGUCAUCAGGUUCCAAUCACACUGGAUGCCAAGGGUAUUGAAAUACCCAAGUGGCUUUGGAAAAUAGUCAAAUCUAUACGCAGAAAUGCUGCCAUCGCACUCGUCACUAAUAACGAUCCGUUCAGAAGAAGUAUGCCAGCUGGUGAGAUGCUGUGUCAGGAUAUCUGUGCCCAAUACGGGUGGGGUAAUGCAAAGUAUGACAAAUUUGCGAGUGGUUUCACCUACUGCUGUACGGUGAAGGAUUUGCGGCGUUUUAUUCCUACCAUUUCUUCCGAAGCUGAUGCAGCGAAUGUGUUACACUUCUAAAAUGCAACUGCAGUUAAAUAACACGAUCUCUUCAAGAUAACAAUGAUAAUGCCACGCUUGCCGGUGUAGUUAAACGAUAACGGUUGCAAAGAGGUAGAUGAAAGUGAUGGAGAUAGAUGGAGAUUAGUCAAUGAAUCAAUAUUGCACAACUUUGUUAUUAAAUAAAAUCAAAAUAUAGUGAUUAAAUUGAAUCUCUUUGCUGGGA